GGAGGAAGAGGAGGAAGUGGACAGACAGAUAGAGGCCUUACCCCGACUCCUCCAGGAGAGAGACCAGCUGAAGGAGGAGCUGGAGAGGAUGAGAGAGGAGAAACAUCAAGCCAGAGAACUCAUCCAGAGAGCCAGGGAGGAGAGAAGUCAGGCCAAGGAGGAGGGGGGAAGGCUUAGGGAGGAGAGAGACAAAGCCAGAGAAGACAGCAGGAGGGCCAAGGAGAGCAAGGAGCGACUGGAGAGCAAGGUGGUGCUGCUGCAGGAGAGAUGCGACCGUCUCAGCCGCAGAGUCAGUGAGCUGGAACAUGAUGAUCGAGUGAACGCCUCCCCUAUACCAGAAGCCAAAGAGGAUAAAACGAAGGCAGAGGUGACAGCGCCCUCUAGUGACAGAAGAGACUCACCGCUACACGUAGAAGACUUGGAAGACCCGCCACACUCCCCUGUGCCCGACAGCCACAGCAGCAUGGACGAGUUCCGACGCUACAUCUCCUCACAUGGUGCAUCCAUCCAAAAAACCAAACUCUUUCUGGAGAGAGAAAGCAGCCGGCUGAUGGAGAGACAGGCAGCUCUACAGGCGGCGCAGACCAGCUCCUCCCAGGAUCCUAAUCAGGAAGGAGGAGUGACUGAAGAGAUGAUUAGAAACCUCCAGCAGGAGGCGAGAAAUGUGGUGGAGCUGCAGCGGACGGUUCAGAGAGGAAACACUCUCCUGCGAAGGAAAGAGGAGCAACUCCAGCAGCUGGAGAGCUCGAUAGUUGAGGAGCCGCUGUUUGGCGAUAUGUCUCGUCUGGCAGGAGAGAGAAAGGUGACCUUUGAUGUGACUGAAUCCGACCUCAGCAGCACCGUGGACCAACCAGAUGUGACAGGACGUCAUCCCACAGUGCCGGACAAAGUCCAGGAGUUAGCAGAGUCACUGCAGCAGAUCUCAGGCCAGCUCAACACUGUGCUGAGUGCGUUGGGUUCACUGGCUCAGAGACAGAGCACUACACCCUACACAGCCUUCCCUCUGCCUCUGUCUCAACCUCACUCCACCCCGGCUCCAACCUCCGCCACCUCUGCCCCAGUCAUGCCGCAGAUGCACACCCUGGGCCCCAGCCCCUCAGCCCCACCAGUGAGGCUCUCUGAGCCAUCCUGGAACUGGGCGCCCCAAGGCACCUCCGCAGCCACCCCUCUCUUCAGCACCCCCAUCAGCAGUGAGCUGAGGGCCUCUGAGGACCUCAUCAACAGCCGAUGGAACCAGAUUUUUCCCAGAGCAGCUAUGGACCCAAUCGCCUCCAGCACCAUGGGGACGACCUCUGCAUACUCAUCAUACAUUCCUGCCAGUGAACAUGGUCGUAGCUUAAGGUCCAUGCAGAAGUCAGUGGAGAUAGACGGCCAGCGGCUGCAGGGGCUGAUUGACGGCAACAAGAGGUGGCUAGAGAUGCGCAAGAAAGACACCAGCAUACCUCUGUUCACUCGCUAUCGGGCCCCUUCAGCCAAGAGCGGCCUGGUGCAGCUGGGCCUGGACGAUAACAACCAGAUCAGAGUCUAUCAUUACUAAGGACAUGACACACCUCAGUCCUGUUGCACUGUGCCUGCUGCUGAGGAUUUUGGAGCAGUCAUGGCUGUGACACGUCAGCAUUGUGACAGUUACACACAGAGGCCUCGUGUAUGCGUCCCAUGUCCUCUUUGACCCAUUACUUUUGCAAACUUUCAGUGCAGAGGCUUUCAGGGAAAGUCCGGCCUCCUCUGCUAAGAUAAGAGGUGAUAAGAGGACGCAGCAGUUCAGGGAGCAAACGUGUCACAGAGGGCUGAGGACUUUAAUCCUCCAACAUUAGAUUUGGCCAUGAGCAACAACAGACAUCACGUCUACAGAUUACAGCUCCGUGCCAGAUUUGGGCCAAAAACUUUUUUUAAAAAUGCUUACAUUUAUUUUGAUGUCAGAUGGGAAAGUCAAGACAAUCACAGAGAAGCAUCUGAAGGUUUAUGUACUGUACUUACCUGCUUUACUGAAAACGUCCCAGACGUCAUCUGAAUUCACAUGCUGCUGCAGCCGGGACACAAGAAACACUAAAAGAAAGAAGUGCUUUGCAGGUGCAUAGAGGUCAAGUUUCAUUUCAUGACAUUUGUAUUUAUGACUCUGGUUUUGUAAGUGUCUUGUGUGCAAAACUGUUGUUAAACGAUUUCCUCUGUUUUUGUCGUUUAAGCCUGUCAAACACCAAAAUCAUUGUUUAUGUGAAGGUGAAGCCUAUCCACUUUUUUUUUAUUCAUUAUUUAUUCCGCAGCAGUAGCAGUGACAUACUGAUUAGUAGAAACUUUAAAGGGAUGCUUAAGAUUUUUUGAAGUGGGAUUGUAGGAGUCAGUGUCUUAGGGUAGUUAACAAAGGGUGCAACAAAACAAAUUUAAGCUCCCCCCAAAAAAACAGUUUAAAUGUGCACUAUAUUAACAGUAUUUUCACGGCUUUACCUUCCAUCAGACAGCAAAGCUGUAAACGGCUUCAGUUCCUCGUCUCUGCUCUUGUCAAAGCCACCAGACUCCAUUGAGAAAAACAACAUUUUAUGAUCUCGCUGAUCACAGAGGCUGCUGGUCUUCCGCUGACUCAACCAGCUAGUUAGUUUGUGUCAUUGUGCGACUUUGGAGAAUCUUAACGAACCCCUUUUGUCAAAGUCACACAAUAACACUUACAAACAGUGGUAGACCAGCAGCUCCUGUGUUCCACAAUGUUAAAUCGCUGUUUUUCUUUAUGGAGCGAUAUAACGGCUUCAUUUUUGGAAAUCGCUGUCUGACAUUAAGGAAAAGCAGUAAAAAUACUCCUAAUAAAGCACUAACCUUAACUGAGAAUGAUUUUUUUAGGUGGAACUUUUAGGAGGCUAAAAUGUUUUGUUGCUGACCCAUCCACAGUAAUAUAUUUCUUAGCUGCCAUGUCGCACUCCAGCCUGCUUCUCCAAAAACGGGGUUGUGCCGACUGACAUGUAUUGUAUGUAAUACACUGACUUUGGAUAAGUACGCUGUACAGCCCCACUGAACUGAACUAUCCAUUUAAUACAUGUACAGGAAGA